AUGAGGUGUAAUCAGAGUUGUGGCUUGCUGACCGUGGCAGCCAUCGGAGCGUUGCUGGCUGUCCUUGGGGGGAUUCUGAUUCCGGUUGGGAAUCAUUUCGUUGAGAAGACAAUAAAAAAGGAAGCUGUCAUUGAAAAUGGCACAAUCGCCUACGAGAACUGGAUUGUUCCUGGGUGUCCCAUUUACCGACAGUUUUGGGUUUUCGAUGUACAGAACCCAGAGGAGGUGAUGGAGAAGGGUUCUGCUCCAAUACUUGAGCAGAAAGGCCCGUACACUUACAGGAUGCGAUACCUGCCCAAAGAAAACAUCACUGAACAUGAAGAUGCCACUCUGUCUUACCUCCAGCCAAAUAUUAUGCUUUUUCAACCCAAUAUGUCAGUUGGGCCGGAAAGUGACACCGUCACCACCGUCAACCUUGCAGUUGUGGCUGCACCGGCUUUGUUUAAAAGUGUUCUUAUUCAAGCCUUGAUGAAUAUCUGGAUAAAAUCGUCAAAGUCAAAAUUCCUCCAGACUAGAACGGUGAAAGAAAUACUUUGGGGUUACGAAGAUCCUUUCUUGAAAAAAAUUCCAAUCGUAAAAUUGGAUAAACGCGUUGGAGUAUUGUAUCCUUAUAAUAAAACAACUGAUGGCCCUUACCGAAUUUAUACUGGGAAAGACGAUAUAAACAAGAAAGGAACUAUCCUGACUUUUAAUAAUAGCAGGACCCUUCAAUACUUUAAGAGCUAUUGUAGCAUGAUCAAUGGCACUGAUGCGUCCUCGUUCCACCCUUUUGUCAACAAGAGCGAAGAGCUGUACUUCUUGUCCUCGGAUGUUUGCAGGUCAGUCUCCGCCAGAUUCGACAGGGAGGAGACGGUGAAAGGGAUCCUGCUUUACCGCUUCAGCAUCCCUCCGUCGGCUUUUGCCUCAACCCUUACCAACCCGGACAAUAUCUGCUUUUGCACAGAGAAGGAGAUUAGUUUGAACUGUACAACAAGUGGAGUUCUGGAUAUCAGCUCCUGCAAACAAGGCAAACCCGUCUACCUCUCCUUGCCCCACUUCCUGCACGGAAGUAAGAUACUUUUUCAAUUUGUGAAAGGGAUGAAGCCCAGCGUGGAAGAACACACCACCUUUCUGGAUGUGGAACCGGUCACAGGAUUUACCUUGGGCUUUUCCAAAAGGUUGCAGGUUAAUCUACUGGUGACACCAAAUUCAAAUAUCGCAGCACUAAAAAACAUCAAGCAUUUCUUUUACUUUCCUAUUCUGUGGCUGAACGAGACGGCUACGAUCGAUGAUGAGAAAGCAGAAUUUUUCCGAUCAAAAGUGACCAACAAGAUCAAGUUGCUCUACUUCCUUCAACUGGCCCUAAUUAUCAUUGGUUCUGUAAUGUUCCUGGGCGUUCUAAUUGUCUUUUUCAUGUGCAAAGACAAGAGACCUAAAUUACCUGUCUGGUGA